GCCUGAGGGCGGGGCCGGUGCGCGCGAUGACGCCACGGCGCCAGCCCCUCCGGCGUAGCUACGCUGCCUGCGGAGCGCCGUCGCCGGCCCGGGAGCUGGGAUCCCGGACACCCGCGGCUCCCCUGGCGCGAGACCAUGGGCUCUCGGCUGAGCGGCGGCCAGGGCGCCGCGGAGCAGGUGCAGCCCCAGCCCCAGCCCCAACCCCAACCCCAGCCCCGGGCGCCCGAGGCCCCUGAGCGGCCCCCGCCAGAACCCGGUCCCUGGGGGCCGCUGGACGAUGUGCGCUUCCUCAUCACCUGCACCUCCUGGUACUGACAAGCCACCCUCCGCAGUUACCGCCUGCCGCCAACUGUCGUUCUGUUCGCCUCACCUGGUUCGUCUCUCGUGGUCUCUUUCUACCCCCGGUGCCCAGGAGACGCUCGGAGAGUUGAGGAGGUCACGGAGGACCAUGGAUGGGGCACCGGCUUGCCUCUAAGCUACCCCCAGAUUUGUUCGCUUAUCAGCCUGAACCCAAACCAGCUCAAACCUUCGUGCUCACCCCUCCCCGUAGCUUCAGCAGUCUGGGUCCUGGGGCAGCCCUCCCCAGCACUGAUUUCCCAAACCAGGCCAGGACUCCUGGUAAAACCCCAAGACUGCUGACUUGA